AGAGGAGGUGAACCACACAGUACGAGACUUAAGAGAAAGAGGAAACUGAGAAAGACGAGAAAGAGGGAUACAACACAAAAGCAAGCGAAAGGUGAGCAAAAAAUCUCAUGAAGACAAGUGCAACGGAAGGAGUCAAACUAUCAAAGAAGUCAAGGAGGUGCAGAGCAGAGAGGGCACAGAAGAGAAGGAGGAGGGAAGAGGAGAGAAGUGGACAAGAAGGCGAAGAGGAGGCCGGAGGAAGCAGAAAGUCAGAGAGGAGGGUAAAAACAGAAGAGGCAUCGAAAAAGUGAAACAGAGAGAGAAGCGGUGAGGAGAAAGAAAGAUAAGAGGAGAGGAGGGCCUGUAGCGUCAUCAUGGAGGAGGACAUCAGGAAACAGGGGAUGCUUUACCUGCAGCAGCAGAGGUUUGGAAAGAAGUGGAAGCGUGUCUGGUGUGUCCUGUUCAGAGAAAGCUCCUGCUCAAUAUCCAGGCUGGAGUUCUUUGAGUGUAAAGAUGGAGGAAGUGUGGAAAAGAACGACAAAAGUCUGCGCAAACAGCAGGAACACAAGAAGGUGAUCCGUCUGGCUGACUGUAUUCGGGUGUCAGAGGUGGAGAUGGACGGCUGUCCCAGAGACACAGGACCCUUUCUGAUCGAGACCACAGAGAAGAUCUACAUUUUUGCCUCAGAGAGACAACACCUGGAUGACUGGACACACAAACUGUGCGAGAUAGCAUUUCCUAUGAGCUGGACAGAGCACAGCAUGAGGAGAGGCAGCCUACACAGAGGAAACAGAGUGGAUGAAGAUGAAGGAAUGGAGGACAACUCACUGUACAGCGGCAGAGAGACAAUGCGUGACUUCAAAGUGAGUGUUCGGAGGACGGAGGCGUCCGAUCGCUGCAGACUAAAAGGAGACGGUGUCCUGCGAGCCGACAUAGAUGCUCUCCUCUUCCUGGAUAAGACAGGAGACGUUUUGUACACCUGGCCUUACAGAUUCCUGCGUCGCUUUGGACGAGACAAGACAACCUUCUCCUUUGAGGCUGGUCGCAGGUGUGACUCUGGCGAGGGGAGUUUUGAGUUCGACACCAAACAGGGAAACCUCCUGUUUCAGGCUGUGGAAGCUGCCAUCAACCUGCAGCGGAUCUCCCUCCCCCACAGACAGGCUUCAGGAGGGGGGCUGGUGAGUCCAGAGACCCCCCAGGACCUGAACUUGCCCCAGCUUCCCUCCAACCCGACCCUCUUUCAAAGCAGGAUGCCACCACUGCCUCAGCCUCGAAGCCAUGUUCCACAGCACCCUGCUGCUCAGGUAGCUGAUGGUGUGUACAGCAUGGUGACUGAACCUACAGGUCGUCAGGUGAAUCAUCACAAAGAUGAAGACAGCUUCUCCUCUUCACCACAGCAACAACAGCAUCGAACCCUGCUGAAUCGUCUCGAGCCUCCAGUAGACAAAACGCUGACUGGGGUGAAGAGUUUGACUCUGGACAAUCGGGGCCUCCCCAUCCACAGAAAGAGCCAGGUAAAGAUGAUCUCCAGCUGCCCUCUGCCUAGCGUUGACCCUGAAUCUGAUACCAACCUGGCCCAGGGCUCCAGCACCAACCUUAACUCCACACUGAGCUCUAAAGUGAGUCCCAACCCAGACCAGAUGUACUCCAAGAUCAGCCUGCCAUCCUCAGACAAAGCCACCAGGAGAGAGAAGAGAGGCGGCAGUUUGGCUCAACCCUGCACCCCCCCUCUUAUUCCCCCAGAGCCAGAGUACUCCCUCCCCUUUGACACCAUUGCAGUCAAAGUCAUGAGUGACAUCCUGAAGUCGCAUCAGGCAUGUGGAGCUGAAUCUGGUGCUGACCCGCUAUAUGACAGCAUCGAUGAGAUGAAGAUCAGAAACAUCUUCCUGAGCAAGGCUGAAGCUCAGGGAGCGACAUAUGGAAAGGUGGAACACAUUUAUGACGAGCCUGAAGGCUGCGUCGCCCCAGCUGUACAGAAACCUCCCACCUCUGUGUACGACGACCCAGAGGAAAUGAGAGGAGACGCCUGGAGAAUUAUGGGUACUCCUGCUGACCCUAAAGGCCACGAAUAUCCAUAUAACCCCCGUGUGGACGACUAUGCUGUACCCAAAAGACCACAGAGAGCAUGUCCUGUCAUGCAAAGCACCACAGAAGAAGACGAAAAGGAGAUGGAGCCACAAGAGGAAGAGGAGGAGGAGAGAAGAAAUCAACAAGAUUCACCUUAUGAUAAUGUGAGCGUAAAGAUGGCAUAGAAGAGAAUUAGCAUGGUUCAGAUCAAUGAUUUUAAUCUUUCAUUAAUAAUCAGUGAUGAACAUUUUAAGGAGACUUUUGUCUCCUCUCUGUGGCACCAGGACUGUCAUGGCUGGCUUCUGUACUUAAAAACAGUUCAUAGUUCAGAUUGCAACAACCUCUGCUCAGCUCUCAAAAGUUUUAUUUUUUUAGCACUUCAGCAACUUGGGUUUAAAGGCAGAUUUGAAAAUUUCAGAAUCUUUCUUACUUAAGCAACAUUGUAAAUCUUACAUAUCAUAAUUAAUUUGAUUAAAAAUAAUGCUCACAGUAAAUAUAACUCAAAUAAUCAACAUAGGCAUAAUAAAACUGAAAUAGAUUAUAAAACGGACUAAAAAUCAAGCUUCUUUUACUAUUUAUACCUUGAAAAUUUUGGUAAAUUAGUCAAAUUUACCACUGAAUCAUUCUUUAGUCUUUUACAAACCUGUGGUAACAUCAAACUACACUAUAGAGCACUGUUCUUCUACAUUAUGAGGAGUUAUUUGUCAAGAAAAUACCCUCAGUAUGGUUGCUAGAUGAGUUGGCCAUACAUCUUAAUAUAGACUCCAUUUACACUUCUAAACAGACGUAUGUCCAAAUAUGGUUCUUCCAUUUUUCCCUCUAAAAUUUCAGUAGUUGCAAAAAAAUCUAUCAUGACAUUUAGCAGAACUAUUCACUCCUACAAUGUGUAAGUGUAAGCGUAACCUUAUCAAGGUUAAUUAUGAUUUAAGGGAAAUUUGUUUGGGACCAAAAGAGAUGUUAAACAGCAUUUUUCGAGUUCUGGAGAAAACUGGAUGUUUGGGACACUCUCGGCCAUUGCUGAUUGGUAAGAUGCUGUGAUGUCACUUUCCGUGAGAUUGACUGAUCUCCCCUGGUUGGCUUAGAAAAAUCAUCCUGGUUCGACUGUAUCACAGAAGCUGUUUUUUCAAAGUCCAGGAUCCUUCCUCUGUGGGAAGGAUCCUCCCAAGUCAGAAUCCUUAGAGGUGAGGCCAGAGUUCUCCCUGGCAACUCUUGAACACACAUUUGGAACAGGCUAGCGAGUGUGCGUGAUUACGUCAUAGAAAGGAUCGUGCCUAUGUAAGCGGCGGCAGCAGAAAUCAAAAGGGGAGGGGAACUAACAACAACUUUCACAAGUUUUACCCUGUGCCGUCUAAUAAGCUAUCACAUCAUCAUAUAAUCAUAACAUUUAUAUUAAUCAUAAUUAGGGGUGUAACGGUACAGAGAAAUUUCGGUUCGGUACGUACCUCGGUUUUGAAGUCACGGUUCGGUACGUUUUUGGUAAGGUGAUUGAAAUUUAAUUUUAAUUCUUUAAUUAAAUGGUAU